ACAGAGAGCAGCUACCCAUGUCAGUCAAAGACGAGCAGCACCAGCCGCUGCACAUCCUCUUCUUCCCGUUCCCAGCCCACGGCCACCUCAUUCCAAUCGCCGACAUGGCCGCGCUCUUCGCCGCCCGCGGCGUCAGGUGCAGCAUCCUCACGACGCCCGUCAACGCUGCCAUCGUGCGCUCGGCCGUCGACCAUGCCAAUGACGCUUUCGCCGGUACCAACUCUCCAGCCAUCGAUAUCUCCGUCGUGCCUUUCCCUGACGUCGGGCUCCCGCCGGGCGUCGAGAACGGCACGGCCAUUAAAUCCCAGGGCGACCGGGGCAAGUUCUUUCUGGCAGCGCAGCUGCUCCGGGAGCCCUUCGACCGGUUCUUGUUUGACAACCGCCCCGACGCGGUCGUGUCCGACAGCUUCUUCCCGUGGUCCGUGGACGCCGCCGCGGAGCACGGCGUCCCGCGCCUCGCAUUCCUCGGUAGCAGCAUGUUCGCGCUGUCAUGCAUCGACAGCAUGCUGCGGCACAACCCGUUGGCGACUGUCCCAGACGACCCCGACGCCCUCGUUUCCCUGCCGGGGCUGCCGCACCAUGUCGAGCUGAGGCGGAGCCAGAUGAUGGACCCCGCGAACCAGGCGGAACACUGGGGCUGGGCAUUCUUCGAGGGCAUGGACGCCGCGGACCGGAGGAGCUUCGGCGAGGUGUUCAACAGCUUCCACGAGCUCGAGCCGGACUACGUCGAGCACUACCACACGACGCUUGGCCGGCGCGCUUGGCUCGUCGGGCCGGUAGCACUCGCCACCAAGGACAUGGCUGGGAGAGGCACCGACGCGCUCUCGCCGGACGCGGCCAACUGCAUUGGCUGGCUGGACAUGAAGCCGGCCAGCUCGGUGGUGUACAUCUCCUUCGGCACGCUAACCAGUUUCUCGCCGGCGGAGCUGCACCAGCUCGCCCGCGGCCUCGAGCUCUCGGGCAUGAAUUUCCUGUGGGUGAUCGGCGCCGCAGGCCCAGACACUUCAGAGUGGAUGCCCGAAGGCUUCGCCGAGCUGAUGGCACACGGCGACCGCGGGUUCAUCAUCCGAGGCUGGGCGCCGCAGAUGCUCAUCCUGAACCACCCUGCCGUCGGCGGGUUCCUGACGCACUGUGGCUGGAACUCGACGCUGGAGGCCGUGAGCGCCGGUGUGCCAAUGGUCACGUGGCCGCGGUAUGCAGAUCAGUUCAACAACGAGAAGCUUAUCGUGGAGGUGCUCAAGGUGGGCGUUAGCAUCGGAGCCAAGGACUACGCAUCGUGCGUCGAGACCCACGAGGUGAUCGACGGCGAGGUGAUCGCUGAAUCCAUCGGGAGAUUGAUGGGCAACGGCGAGGAAGGCGACGCCAUGCAAAAGAAGGCCAAGGACCUCGGUGGUAAGGCAAGGAGGGUGGUUGAGAACGGUGGAUCUUCGUACAAUGCUGUUGGCCGGCUGAUAGACGAGUUGACGGCCCGCCGAAGUUCCGUCAAGGUUGGAGGAAAGUAG